AUGGUUCGCCGGAUUUUUACAAGCGUCCUCACAGCUAAGAAAUGCGAUGGCUAUGUCCCCUUCCAAGAGCUUGAGUCCCUGGCCACCAUUAAUAACAUGCUACAUAAUCCGAAGGGGUACGCACACGAACUUCACCGCUAUGCCCUAUCUGUUGCCCGGACAGUAGCUUUCGGCAAGCGAGUGCCUACCGCCUCGAGCCAAUUCGCGACUGAAGUCCGGGAAGUCAUGGAGAAUUUCAGCAAGGCCAUGACACCCGGUAAAUAUCUUUUUGAAGCUAUGCCCAUGUUACGGAAGCUCCCUCGCUUCGCACAACCGUGGCUCAAGGAGCUGGAAAAGUUCAAGAAGCUUGAGCUUUCCUUCGCCUUGGAGUGUUACCGAGAUGCAGUACGCCAGGCCGAACUCUAUCCCGACAGACCCUGUAUGGCACGAGAAGUCAAGGCAGAGAUGGAGAAAGCCCAAGAAGAAGAUGAGGCUCAGGCCUCUAGCACCUGUAUGGAGAUUCUUGGGGCAGGGUCUGAGACAACCGCGACUGUGCUCCAUUUUACUAUUCUUGCCCUGGCCACGCAUCCAGAAGUCGUCGAGAAAGCCCACCAAGAACUUGACCGCGUUAUAGGACAAGACAGGUUUCCCACCUGGGCGGACGAGCCAAAUUUACCAUACAUCAGGGCGAUUAUUAAGGAAACCCAGAGAUGGAGGUCCAUCUCGCCGAUGAGCUUUCCUCAUUACACGACUAAGGACGAUGUGUACAACGGAUACUAUAUCCCAAAGAAUUGCGUCGUCCGCGUCAAUCAUUGGAUGAUGCACUCAAACGAUGAACGAUAUUCGAACCCCGAGAAGUUCGACCCAGGUCGCUUCAUCAAUCACACGCUUUCAGCCGCAGCUUCAGCCAACGCAGUAGACGCUUCUGGGCGCGAUCACUUUUCCUACGGAGGUGGGAAGCGCAUAUGCCCGGGCAUUCACCUGGCUGAGCGAAGCCUAUUCAUGAUGACGAGCCGAAUGCUCCAGACAUUCAAGUUCGGGCGUCCCCUAGACCCCAAGUCUGGGACGCCGCGGGAGCUGACCGUGGAAGACGUUGGCGUUAGUACAAGCCUGAUCAUGACCCCUGGUUCUGAUUUCGACAUGUCUUUCGCGCCAAGGAGUGAGAAAAUAAAUCAGCUAUUGGAGAGGGAGUGGCUUGAGAAGGUUGCACAUCAGGGUGAGAGCUGGACCGACUGA